GUCGAUUAAAGACCUCCCAGUUCAAAUUACACGGCGCUCCGUCAGUCAGAAAAAAACAUAACACUUUAAUAACCGAAUGAACACACAAAAACAACACGUUGUCAGUCGUAACAAAGAAAGUGUUUUAGAUUAAUAUAACUUGUGGAUAAAUGAAAAGCUUAUGAACAUUGGAUUUUUUAGUUGGAUUUAUUUACCGCCAUGAUUUGGUGGCUAAAAAUCUUAAUUUGUACCUGUAUUCAUAGUAUACUAUUUUCCUUAAUUACAGGUUUAGAAUGUGAAUGUACAACUUAUGAAUGUUUGUCAGAAAGAAGAAGAAUAUGUACAGCUAGUCAUUCGUGUUAUAGUCAGAUGACCAACGAUAUUGUAGAGAGAGGAUGUAUAGAUAGGAAAACACCCUUGUUAUGCGAAAAUCAACGUCCAAACAAGAAGAAGAUAGCUAAAUUAAUGGCUGGUUGGCCUGUUUUACAUUGUUGCCGUGACAAAGACUUUUGUAAUAAAGGUGUUAUACCAACAGAACCUCCCCGAAGUAAGGAUCUUCCUGUUUUGCCAUCUCAAGAAGACACAAACGAUUAUUUGGAUGAAAAUCAAAUAGAGACAAUAACAGUAAAGACAAACUGUCCUCAGUCCGUUUUAAAUUCCGGAAACGGCAGCUCCGGGAUGAUAAAUCCUAUCUACAUUGCAGUUCCAGUUGCAGGACUGUGUGUACUUCUAGCCCUAAUUAUUUUUGCGAUGUAUCUUUUAAGACGGAGAGGGGACUAUUAUGAACGAUAUCCCUAUCCUCCAGUAGUGACAAUUCCACGUCACCAUGUUAGUUGCAAAGACUCAAAAUGUGCGCCAUCGUGUAAGCUGAAUCGAUGUACAGACAGUGAACGAUCUUCUUCCGGAAGUGAAACUAAAUUAUUUUUAUAAAAUCAAUUCUUCUUCAUUAUUUCCAUUUAUUAAAAAGUUCUGAAAAAAUGAUAGACGACAAAACAUUUACUGCACUGGAUACAGAGAUCACUAUUAAUGCAAGUCCAUUACAAUUACAUAUAAGUAUAAUUUCUUCUAUUUCGAUAACUUGCUUUUAAUUGACAUUGUUUAUACAUAGCAUUAUAUGCAAUGAAAUUCUACAACGUAGUACUUAACGGAACUUUAGAUUUAGCCAAGUAUCUGUAAAACACUUGGAUCUUAAAAUGAAGACCAAUUUUCAGGGAUGCAUAUAUCCUAUCAUGUUUAUGAUACUACCUUUAUAUAGAGAUAUUUAUGUUUAAAUGAUCUUCUGAUAAAUGGCAUUGAUAGAACGAACGUUAUUUAUAUACGUGGACAUAUGUGUGUGUGCUUGUUUGUGGGAAAAUAGCAAAAAUGACAAAUAAUAUAUCAUUGGAAUAUGUGAACCGAUUUGUAUGGGAUAACUAGUUUUGUAUGCAGUUGUAGUGGUGUGUGUGUUUGUUUGUGUGUGUGUGUGUGUGUGUGUGUGUGCAAGUGUAAUAAACAGUUUACAAACAUAUGUGAGUGCCUUGUACAUGUGCAAGAUAAGUGCUAGAUUUGAUUUAAUUGUUAUUGUAAGUUAAAUGCUGUGAUAAAUCUACCUGUUUUUAAAUGAUAAGGAAUCGCGUUUGGUGCAACUCUAAAAUCGAUACAGUUGAUGAAACAAAUGAUAAAAGAGAGAAAUAUAAUAUGAUUUCCAUUCUAGAAGGUACAUGGGAAUGGCUGAUAUUCCAUUAAACAGCAUGUAUUGUCAUGCUUUGGAAGCUUCUCGUAUUGUUAUAUCAUAUAUAUUGUUAUUACAUUUUCAAUUUUAUUUGACAAGAUUUUUAAAACAUUGCCAACAGUCCCAUUCAUGCUCAGAACGAAGUCAACUUCAAGAAGGAUAAAACAAAAAAAAACAAAAAAAACAAACAAAGUUGUUAAAUUACUACCAAUAUUAAAAACUCAAUACCUUUUUUAUCAAAGAAAUAAUAAGCUUUUAUAUAUCGAGGUAAAACUUUGGACCAAGAAUGUCAUGCUUAUUGAAACUUCAAUUUUUUAAAAGGCAGCGCUUUCGUCACUCAUUAUAAAUACAAUUUUAUAAUCUCAGGGUUUUAUAUGUCUCACUUCCACUGGACGGAAGUAACUAUUAGUCAUCAUUGCGCACGAUUUAUUUCUAGGAAUCUGUAUUACAAAUUUUCAUAUUAUUGUCAUAAAUUUACAGAGUUAUUUAAUGGAUAACAGAUAUAUUUUGCACGUUCAUAAUUUUGUGUUGUUUUAAGUUAAACCAUUGUAUUAGUGUGCAAAUGUUUGUAUAUUUCAACAAUAUUAAUUGUAAAUGGAGUUUGGGUGGUAAACCAUUUAAUGAAUUUAAAUGAGAACACUUUUUGAAAUGUAUUAACAUUAAUCAUUUUAAUAUUUAGUUUUGAGAUCUUUUCAGUACUACUUCAGACAUCGGCCGUCAGAUUCAAAUUAUUUAGGCAUGUCACAAGCGACAUGUACAGUUUAAUUGCAAUAUUUGCACUAACUAUAUAUAAAAAAUGCAUGCAUUAAUUCGAUUAAAGCAGCCGAAAAAAGAUGAACAUAACAACAUGUUAUAAUAACUCUCAAGAUGGCUGAAACCGAGAUCGCGGGUUUAAGUAUUUUUCUUUUCAUUUUACACCCAAGGAAAUUAUUUAUAUCAAAACUUUAGAAUGAUCUUUUUGUCUCGUGGAAGAUUUACAUAUGUGGUUGUUAACAAGAAAUUAAAAGUUAUUUGUGUUCGUUCUUCACGCGAUCAAAAUGGUUACAUUCAAAUUGGGACAAAUACGUGACUGAAAAGAUAAGACCCUUGAAGGCAGUCACAACUGCAUGAUGGAUAAUCAAUAUUUCCUUUCAAAGUAAAAAACAAAACCAAAAGUAUUUGCACUAACAUUUGUUAGAAUUAAAUGUUAAGUCAUUGCUCCACAAUAUGUAUAAUUUACGCAUUUCGUAUCCCAAUAACCCGGUUUUUUUUUUGUUUUAUUUUUUUGUUUUUUUUUUUUGGGGGGGGGGGUAAAAAUGACGUUACAAUCAUAGGUUUGAUGUAUCACUCCGUUUAAAGUUCGUGCAAUUCCGAUUGUUUAAGCUAACAUUUUCUCUGUUUUACGAUUAGCCGAACCUUGAUAAACUAUCUUUAUGUUAAUGUCAAGAAACAAAGUUUCUCUGAAUUUUGUAGUCGACUGUUAUUACGUUGAAAAUGGUUCAACUUAAUUUUCUUCACAAACGCCAAGUAUUUCGAAAUGCAUUAUUUUGAAUUAAAUGGUAACUAAUAUGCAUGACACUUCAAUGAAACAAUAGCUUUCAAGUAACUUUCAUCUAUAAAUUUUAAUAAAGUCAUAUGAAAAAUUAAUUUAAACCGCACCUCUAAUAUUCGCAGUACGAAAAAAAAAAAUCAUGAUCGACGUUUUAUCGCUUUCAAGAAAAAAAUCACAUUAUUACACAAAAUUAUGGUCAUUCACUUUCCAAUAGAACGAGUGAUAGUGCUAUAUGCUCUGUUACAAACUAAAACAUUUGCAUGUCAUUUAUAUUUUAUCUUUUUAAAAUUUUAUAAGAAGAUAUGAGCAAAAUAAUCAAACCAUUGAAAUACUUUAACUAAUAUAGAGAUACAUGUAUUCACCUAUAUUUUUUUCUUUUUUUAAAACGAUCUCAAUUCGUCUUUAAUCUCAGUGUGGAACUUCACUCUUCAUUUAAGUUUCAAUUUUAUUUCUGCACAAAUUAAACGAUUAAUUUCGUGUAAAUUCUCAGCAAUGACAUAAAUAUUUAAUGCAUUUAUACAUUACUGUUAUUUGAAACUUAUCUUAUAUCAUGUAACUCACAUCUAGUAAGUGUAAAUAGACACACUCAAACAAUGAAUUAAGCUAUUUAAAUGUGCCAUUUAUUCAUCUAUAUUUUGCCGGUAUUUUGCAAUCAUUGUUUUCUGUUGUAUUUUGUUGUCUAAAAUGUAUAUUAAAAGAGAUGGGAUAGUGGGGAUUUUUUAAUAAAUAAAAUGAAUUCUUAAAUAAA